AUAUUGCAUAGGAAAUUGUAGGCAUCUGCUUGCUUUUGAAGCGUUAUAUCUCAUAAGAAGACAUCAUCGCAUCAUACAGCAAAAGUUAGGAAACCCAGAAAAAUUAUCAAAGCCAGCAAGCCAUAUAUUUCCUCGCAUCUGAUCUUAAAAUUUUAUUGAAAAGGAAAAAAAAAGUUGAUGGAGCUCCAGCUGCUUUGAUCAUCCAAUUCUUGAAGCCCUAAAUUCAAGACAAAUACUAUAGAAGGAAAUGGGGACAGAACUAAUGAGAAUCUGUGUGAAAGAAGAAAGUGAUGAAGUGCCAUCUGUUCCUCCUGGGUUUGAAUCAUAUGCAACUUUUACCUUAAAAAGGGUAGUCCCUGGUAAUGAUAAAAGCAAGACUCCUAUGGAAAGUGCUUCUGUAACCGAACCAGCUAAGAUGGAGAUUGAAUCCGAUGAAGCCAAAGCUGCUCGGUCUCUACGACGCAGACCUUGGAUCAAUUAUGGCGGAUGUGAUGAUGAUGAUUCUCCAAACAAUGACAAUGCCUCGUCUCAAAAUCUUGAUCAAAAUUGUGUUGUGAAACCUUCUUCUCUACCAAAGGGUGUGACCCGCGGAUGUGAAGAAUGUAAAGACUGCCAAAAGGUAACUGCGAGAUGGCAUCCAGAUGAAGCUCGUAGGCCUGACCUUGAAGAUGCCCCUAUAUUCUACCCGAGCGAAGAGGAGUUUGAAGACACUCUGAAUUAUAUUGCCAAAAUAAGGCCCAAGGCUGAGAAGUAUGGAAUCUGUCGCAUUGUUCCUCCUCCUUCCUGGAAACCCCCGUGCCCGCUGAAAGAAAAGCAAGUAUGGGAAGGUUCUAAAUUUACGACACGUGUCCAAAGAGUUGAUAAACUUCAGAAUCGGAGUUCAAUGAAGAAGAUUUCAAAGCUUUCUAAUCAAAUGAGAAGGAAGAAAAGGAAGUGCAUGAAAAUGGGAAUGGAUUCUGUCACUAGUGCCAAGAGCGAUCCCUGUUCUGCAAGCAAUGAAAUGAGUGAACUUGAGACGUUUGGCUUUGAACCUGGUCCAGGGUUCACUUUAAAAGACUUCAAAAAAUAUGCUGAUGAGUUCAAGGCUCAGUACUUUAAAAAGAGUGAAACUUCUACAGACAAUGAAUGUAAAGUUGGUAACUCCGCAGACUGCUGGGAGCCAGCAGUUGAGGAUGUUGAAGGUGAAUACUGGCGGAUAGUAGAUAAAGCAACUGAAGAGAUAGAGGUGCUAUAUGGUGCCGACCUUGAAACUGGAGUAUUUGGUAGCGGAUUCCCCAGGACAUCAUCAAGUCACGAGGCUUCUUCUUCAGUCGAAAAAUAUGCAAAAUCAGGCUGGAACUUAAAUAACUUUUCAAGGCUUCCGGGAUCCCUCCUUACGUACGAGGGCAGUGAUAUUUCUGGUGUCCUUGUACCAUGGUUGUAUAUUGGGAUGUGCUUUUCUUCUUUCUGCUGGCAUGUUGAAGAUCACCACUUGUAUUCGUUGAAUUAUAUGCACUGGGGUGCACCAAAGUUGUGGUAUGGUGUUGGGGGGAAGGAUGCUGUUAAACUUGAGGAGGCGAUGAGAAAGCAUUUGCCUGACCUUUUCGAAGAACAGCCUGAUUUGCUUCAUAAGCUAGUUACACAACUCUCCCCGUCAAAACUGAAAACCGCAGGAGUACCUGUGCGCCGUUGUGUCCAGCAUGCUGGAGAGUUUGUCUUGACUUUUCCUCGGGCAUAUCAUGCGGGGUUUAAUUGUGGUUUCAACUGUGCUGAAGCAGUGAAUGUAGCACCAGUUGAUUGGUUGCCUCAUGGGCAGAUUGCCAUAGAGUUAUACUGUCAACAGGGUAGAAAAACGUCCAUCUCGCAUGAUAAAUUGUUGCUUGGGGCGGCUAGAGAAGUAGUGAAAGCUGACUGGGAGCUGAACUUACUAAAGAAAAAUACUAAAGAAAACUUAAGGUGGAAAGAAUUCAGUGGAAAGGAUGGAAUUUUGGCAAAAACACUUAAGGCACGCGUUGACAUGGAACGUACAAGAAGAGAAUUUCUCUGCAACUCUUCACUUGCAUUGAAGAUGCACAGUAAUUUUGAUGCAACUAACGAAAGAGAGUGUUGCAUAUGCUUCUUUGAUUUGCAUCUGUCCGCUGCUGGUUGUCGUUGUUCCCCAGAGAAGUAUUCAUGUUUGACUCAUGUGAAGCAGUUGUGUUCGUGUCCGUCGGUUGCUAAAUAUUUUCUAUUUCGCUAUGAUAUCGAUGAAUUUAAUGUUCUUGUUGAGGCUGUGGAAGGGAAACUUAGUUCUGUAUAUAGAUGGGCGCGUCAAGAUUUAGGGUUGGCAUUAAGUGCAUUCGUCUCAGAAAGCAAAACGGAAAUGGAUGAGGAGAAAAAUGUCCCCAAGGAUCUGAGACAGCAAGCAGCUGCACUUUCAGGGGAAGAUUUGCAGCUGAAAGCAACAUCCAGAGAAGAUAUACGUAAAGGGUUAGAAAAGGCUAGUAAAUUAUCAGAUGUUGAUUUACUUCUGAAAGACAAGGAUGAGCAAUUAACACCAAGCCAAUAUAUGGAGCCUGUCAAAGAAGAAGCUGUUUAUGAUUCUUCUGUGUCAAAACUUUCAGUUUUCCAACCAUCUGAAGGAAGCAUGCUGCACUCUGUGAAAGCUGCUAAGUCCGCAAGUGGCAAAAAGAAUUCUCAGAGUCUACCCAAUGAUGUGAUACUCCUCAGUGAUGAUGAGCAUGACAUACCUAGGAAACGAGGUUCUGUGAAAAGAGAUGCAGUUUCUUCUCGCAAGCAUUUGGAACUACGAGACAGAACAACCCACGUUUUAGCGUUGGAAGCUGCGAAUAAAAUUUCUGCUCCAAAUUGCGGAAGGGAAAGAGGUUCUUUGCCUGAUACACGAAACACUAUAACAUCGGCUACUAAUGACCAAAGAGCAACGGGAGGGGAUGUACCAAGUUCUGCAUUGCACGCAGAAGUUAAAGCCGUGGCUAAUGGGCUUGCUCAGGAUAUUUGUAAUAGAAUGGAAGCAAACAACCACAGUGGUGGAAAACCUACUAUCUGUAAAUCGAAAAAUUCUGGAGGUUUGGCUAUAUUGGAUGUGGUUGAUGGGGCAAGAAGUAACUCAGGUACACCAUCUUGUUCACAAAAUAAUAGUCCAGAUAGGUUCAUCCGCCAAAAGGGUCCCCGUAUUGCAAAGGUCGUGAGGAGAAUCAAUUGCAAUGUAGAGCCUCUAAGUUAUGGUUGUGUGCUUUCUGGAAAAUCAUGGUGCAACCGCCGAGCAAUUUUUCCUAAAGGAUUUCGUAGCCGGGUUAGGUACAUAAAUAUUUUGGAUCCAACAAACAUGUGCUUCUACAUUUCAGAAAUUCUGGAUGCUGGACGCAACAGCCCGUUAUUCAUGGUUUAUUUGGAGGGUAAUCCCAGUGAGGUUUUCGCUCACUUGUCGCCUACAAGAUGUUGGGAGAUGGUAAGAGAUAGAGUAAAUCAAGAGAUAAGUAAGCAGCACAAAGCCGGAAGAUUAGAUCUCCCUCCUCUGCAGCCCCCUGGGAGCCCUGACGGUUUUGAAAUGUUUGGAUAUUCUUCCCCCGCAAUUGUACAGGCUAUCGAAGCAUUAGACGUGAAUCGAGUUUGCACAGAUUAUUGGGAUUCCAGGCCUUAUUCGCGGCCACAAGUUCAGUUCCCUGCAAAUCCUCUUCCCAGAGAAGCCAACACAAGCGUGAGAGAUCUCCAGAAAGCCCCCGGACACCGUGCAUUGCCUGCUGGAACGAAAUCUACUCUCAAAGUUCUGUUCAAGAAAGCUAACAUGGAGGAACUAAGCACACUUCAACAGGUUUUAAGUGAGUCCAAGACAGAUUUGGUGACCGAACUUGUGAAGGAAGAGAUGCAGAACCGCCGCUGAUUUGAUUCGGAGAAGAUUGAUUUUAGUGUGUACAUACAGAGUUGAUGAGGCUCCCUGCUCAUUCUUUUUGGACACCCUUACAGAGGAAGAAGGAUAUAAACAUAUAACUUAAAAAAAAAACUCUGUUUCUUCUCCUGUCUCAAACCAGUAAAAGAAAGAGAGAAGAUUUAGGGUUCUUGAAACCAUUAGUUUUGGUUACUAGGGACUAAAAGGAUCAUUUACUAGUAUUGACAUCUGUUUUGAAAGUCCUAAGGACACUGGAUUUAAAGAGAUUAAAUAUCAAAUCCCCAAUUAUUUUCAUA